AUGCCGUCUUUUAAUAUUCUAUCAGUAAUUUGGUCUUGUUUUAGAAGGUCUGCCAGCUGCUACUGCUUCUUUUUCUCCCCUGAAAAAUCAUGUAUUGUUUCCGUUUGGUCCACGGUAUGGGUGAGGGUGGCUGAAACGCGGCCUGGUGGCUGCACGGAGAGGCUUAGGCAGCAGCCCUGCAACAGGGGGACACCGAGAGGACGCCACAGGGCCCCUCAGAGGCUGCUGGGCUUCGAAGGCUCCCGGUUGUGUUUGAGAGGGAGCCUCUCUGAGAGCUACGGGCUGGGGCCCAGCGUGCGGGCCGGCCUGCGGAGGCGAGCCGUGGGGGCCGCCAUCUUCCCGACGGGGUCACCUCGCCACCCAGGAAGUGGUUCUCCAGCAGCUCCCGGAGAUGCCGGCCUGCGCGGGACCCGCCGAGCGCUCGUGGCUGGGCCAGGGCCAGGGCCCGCUGCAGGUGCUUCUUCGGAACCACGGGGCCGCCCCGUCGUGCCGGGAGGCCUUCCGCACGCCCCGGGAGAGGGCGCGGCCCGCUUCCCCUCGGUGGCGCGCCGUGCGGAGCCACAUCGUGGCGGGGACACAGGAGCGCACAGAGAGAUGAGAGAAGAAAACAAUGGCACAUUGGACGGUAUGCAGAUGAGAGAGCAAGCAAUAUGAUAAUUCACCACCCUGGAAAAGUGACAAAUCUUUCAGAUUACAUUUCACACAUGCUGUCCAGCAUGCCACGUUAGAGCAAUGGAGGCCCCUGCCAGCCACAGGUUCACGGCUGCCUGCAAAUAUAUUGAUGAUCUGCUUUAAAGCAUAGAGCGAUUUUUGUGAUUUUCAAGAACUUAUUAUAAAAUACGAAGUGGAAACGUAACCAUAUGGAGGACACUCAAGCAUAGGAGCUUCUUCUGAAGAUGGUUGACAAACCAGAUUUGUUGACAAGCGCAAUCUCGAAUGGCACUCUGGUGUCAUUUCCUUGAGACUGGCAAAUUGGAACCUUCAAGAUAUGAGUAACACUUCUCUACGUGGCCUGUGCUGGUCUGAUCUUCAACUUCUCUGGAAACUUCCUGUGCUGAUGAUCAAUAGUGAAAGUGCCCGCUGGGUUUUCGAAGACGCGAAUGUUAAGUGGUGUCCUAUUUUUUCGGAAUUAAUUGCAUUUGGAAUGUUCUGAGCGGGAACUCUCUGGUACUACAAGCAUCUGGUCAUUUUCACAUAGUGCUAUUUCUGUAAAAUCUACAUUCUUUCCACCAUCAGAAUCUAUUUCUGUAAAACCUACAUUCUUUCCACCAUCAGAAUCUGCUUCCUUAAAGAUAGCUGGACCACAUCACGCAGUCAUUGCCCUUUAGUAUCUUUUCCUACUUGAGGCGAUAGAUUGGUUAAAGCUAAAACACCUGCUAAUCCUGUGUCAGGAAUUUGUGCCAGAAGCAAGUGAAUAUCGAUCAACAUCUCAAAUAUUACACUUUAAGAUCUACUUGUAUACAAAACACUAUAUAAAUAGUACACUCCAGUAUUACUCAACAACGACUUUUUACCCGAAGAAACCAGGAUGGUGGUGGAACAGUGAAGGAGCGCUUUGGGUAUUAAUCAAAGGGCAGACCAACUGCUUUGUUAAAUGCAGCAAAAUGCAUUCGUCCAGGUACCAUUUCCGGAUCCCUGCAUUUGUCCCCACUGCUCCCUCCAGUCCCCAACUCCCCAACUAUUUAAAGUCUUUCUUUUAGAAUCCCCUUCUCGUCUCUUACUUUCCUCAUUGUCAGCAGGCCACUCAUCCUCCAGCUGAGGCCAUCAGGUAAAGUCCUUCAACUUCCUGUCCAGCUCCCCUCCACAAGGUGUAAGCCCAGGGGUGUUUUUCCUCCCAGGAUAAGGAUAAGAUCUCCCUCUCUGAUUCAAGGCCAGACCCGUCCAACGUGCUGGUCUUCUCACUCCCUGCCUGGAGCUACCCAGCAGAAUUCCGUGUGGCUCCCAGGCUGCAACACACACAGGCCCUAGCAGGCCUCAGGUCUCUAUGUGGACGCCCCCUCACACACACUUCCCCCACUCUGUAGCUGGCACCUCUCACGAGCAGCUCAGGCAGGGGGACUCGACAGAUACGUGUUGAACUGAAACUACUAACUUUUCAGCAUGAGUUAUUUUCAAUAGCUUGAACCAGAACUGAGCCUGUCCCAGAUUGUCUGCAGAACAGCAUAUGAUUCCUGCUCCACUUUAUUUUUUCAACCCAUACAUGACCCAAAAAUGAGGAGUGAGAAAUUUCUAGUGACUAAAGUUGCCAGAUAAAAUGCAAGCUGCUCCGUCAAAACUGAUUUUCAAGUAAACAAUAUGGAUCUUAAGUAUAAGUAUGUCACAGGGGGCAUACUUAUACUAAAAACAAUUAUUCAUUGUUUAUCUGAAAUUCAAAUUUAACUGGGCAGCCUGUAUUUUUAUUUGCUAAGUCUGACCACUCUACCAGUGACUCCUUAAAAAUUCUCAGAGGACUCAAGGAAUGCUUUAGAGCGCUUGGAGAUUUGUGUUCCAACUCUGCAAACUUCUCAACUGGGCAGAUUCUGUGUCUGUUAAUGCAGCUGGGUUUCUUUCUGGACAUCUCAGCAACAUACUUUAGCAAGUGCUGUUUAUUAUAUAAAAUGUUCGUUUCUUUUGCCAA